GAUGUUGUUUUGGUUAUGGCUGGUAAAUUGCCAGUUCCAAAUACGGGCCUGACGUCAGCGCUAGGCCCCGCCCCUUUGUCCUGCUGCGCUCCGCUUCAUUUAAACUUUCCUCCGCGGGGCAGCGAGGCGCAGCGACUCUCCCUCAGCCGCCCAGCCGCAGUCUGGACGCUGACUCUCGGCAUGGCUUCCGUCACCUGCCGGGUCCAGUACCUGGAGGACUCGGACCCGUUCAUCUGCACGAACUUUCCCGAACCGCGGAGACCUCCAACUGUCUCCCUGGAGGAGGACCAGCCGCUGAGCGAGCAGAUCCCCGGGAUCCGCAAGCUGCUCGGGGCGCCGCUGAAGCUGGAGGACUGCGCCCUGCAGGUGUCUCCCAGCGGGACGUACCUGGACCUGGACUCGUCUCUGGCAGAGCAGCGGGACGAGCUGGACGCCUUCUACCAGGACGUGGCAAAGGGCAGGAAGCCGAUCCUGGUCCUGAGGACGCAGCUCUCCGUCCGCGUUCACCUCAUCCUGGAGAGGUUGUACAACUCCAAAGGCCCAGAGCUGAGGCGCUGCCUGUUCUCCCUCAAGCAGCUCUUCCAGGACGAUAAGGAUCUGGUCCCAGAGUUUGUAGCGUCUGAAGGCUUGGCGUGUUUCAUCAAGGUUGGAGCCGAAGCCGACCACAACUACCAGAACUACAUCCUGAGAGCUCUCAGCCAGAUCAUGCUGUUUGUGGACGGGAUGAACGGCGUGAUCCACCACACAGAGACGCUGCAGUGGCUCUACACGCUGACAGGAAGUGUGUCUCGUCUGCUGGUGAAAACGGCUCUGAAGCUCCUCAUCGUCUUUGUGGAGUACGCCGAGUCCAACAGUCCUCUGCUGAUCAGCGCCGUGACAACGGUGGACUCAAAGAGAGGUGUGAAGCCCUGGACGAACCUGAUGGACGUUCUGGAGGAGAAGAACGGCGCUGACACAGAGCUGCUGGUAUUCACCAUGACGCUCAUCAACAAGAUUCUGGCGGCGCUGCCGGACCAGGACUCGUUCUACGACGUGACAGACUGCUUGGAGCGUCUGGGUAUGGAGGCUGUGGUCCGAAAACACCUGAGCAGCAAGGGGGCGGAGCCUGACCUCAAGGCCCAGUUCUCCACCUAUGAGGCGGCUCUGCGGCAUGAGGACGGAGAUGUGGAUGACUCCGCCCCCCUCCUCCGAAAGGAGAGGAGAAAGAUGGCCGCCGGCGACCAGGAGGGCAGGAGGAGCCGCCACUCCAGUCAGAACCUGCCAGACUUGCUGUCCCCCACCCCGUCCACGCCUGUCCUCUCCCCGUCCUCCACCAUAUCCUCGCCCACGCUGGACAGCACCGCCUCGUCCCCGCUGUCCUCUGAACCCGGAAGCUCCGCCUCCAGCCCCUCCGGGUCCCCUUGGGGCUCGCCGCUGCCCCCCCACUCUGGACCCGGCAGCGAUGCGUCCACCAAGCUGGGGACGAAGACGCCGUCCAGCCCGAGUCGCUCUUUUCUCAGCCACCACAUGUCGGCUGGUCUGGGCAGGAAGUCCCGCCUCUUCUCUAAAACCCGCUCCAUCUCUGAGGAGCCUGGCUGCAGCUCAUCUCCAUCGGAUCCGUCCCAGCAGAACUCAGAUCAGCUGGUCAAAGCAGAGUCCAAACCUCGUCAGAACUCGCUGGAGGCUGAGCAGGAAGUCUUCUGCCCAGAGGACUUUGAUGUGAAUCUGAACAAGCCGGUUCUGAAGAAGUUCCAAGGUCCCUUCCUGCGCAGCCUGGCAGCCACUAACUGGGACAAGAGCGGGAGAAGUAACCUGAGUGUUCCCCAGUUGUCCCUGUGUGAUGAUGUCAUCAGUCCAUGCCCUGAGUCCAGCGCCGGUGCAGCACCUGAGCAACCCGUCUCGACAUCCAGCAGUUUGGAGACAAACGGAGCCUCAGACUCCCGGAAUGAUCCAGCGGUUCCUGUGCAGCGGCAGUGCAGCACCCUGUCUGAUGACACCAUGUUGGUUCUGGACAUGAUGUAUUCCAACUCCUCUACCGCAGUGCCCUCGACCCCGACUGAUGAUGCGUCUGGCUCCGCUAAGGAAGAAGAAGGCAGCUUCGCGCCCGGUGAAGAUCUUUGUGGCCGUGUUUCGGAGCGACUGUCCGACUUCAGCUCACCAUCGGUGGAGUCCGGCGCAGAGAGCAGCGCCCCCCAGAGGGCGGAGCUGGAAUGCCUGAAGGGCUCGGCGCAGGCGGCCAGGGCCCGGCUGGCCGAGGAGCAGAAGAACCGUUUGGUCCGGCAGCAGAGCGGCGUGAGGGCGGAUCCUGCGGCGUGGCGCCUGGAGUCCAUAAACUCUGUGGGUCCGGCGGACGCCUGGGAUCAGCUGCAGCCCAGCGGUGCCGACCUGAAGAUCAAAGACCUGGACUUCUCCGACCUGCUGGAGGACGAGGACAUCGACGUCCUGGACAUGGACACCAACUCCUCCUCUUCUUCCCAUUUCUCAGGCAUCCCUCCUCCCCCGCCGCCGCCACCAGGAGGCGCUGCUCCCCCGCCUCCUCCUCCGCCCCCUCCAGGCGUCCCCCCGGCUCCGCCCCCUCCAGGCGUCCCCCCGGCUCCGCCCCCUCCAGGUCCCCCGGCUCCGCCCCCUCUGAGCGGCGGGUCGGGCCUGACGAAGAAGAAGACAGUGAAGCUGUUCUGGAAGGAGCUGAAGCAGGCGGAGAGCCAGCAGAAAUGUCACUUUGGCCGCGGGACGGUGUGGGCAUCGCUGGACAAGGUGGAGGUGGACACGGCGCGCCUGGAGACGCUGUUCGAGUCCAAGUCCAAGGAACUGCCGGUCACCAAGAAGGGACCAGAACCCAAGAAGUCUCUGGUUCUGGACCCAAAGCGGAGCAACGCCAUCAACAUCGGCCUGACCGUCCUUCCUGCCGUCCACGUCAUCAAGAACGCCAUCCUGAGCUUCGACGAGUACGCCAUCAGCAAAGAGGGCGUGGAGAAGAUCCUGACGAUGAUCCCGACUGAGGAGGAGAAGCAGAAGAUCCAGGAGGCCCAGCUGGUGAACCCCGACCUGCCGCUGGGAACCGCAGAGCAGUUCCUGCUCACCCUGGCCUCCAUCAGUGCCCUGAACCCCCGCCUGCAGCUCUGGGCCUUCAAGCUCAACUAUGAGGUUCUAGAGAAGGAGAUCGCGGAGCCUCUGUUCGACCUGAAGCUGGGCAUGGAGCAGCUGGCAUCCAAUCAGACGUUCAGGAGGAUCCUCGCCACUCUGCUCGCCAUCGGCAACUUCCUCAACAGCUCCAACGCCAAAGGCUUCGAGCUGAGUUACCUGGAGAAGGUGGUGGAGGUGAAGGACACCGUCCACCGCCACUCGCUGCUGCACCACACCUGCAGCCUGCUGGAGGACAAUUACCCACAAUCCUCUGACGUCUACUCCGAGAUCCCCGCCAUCACCCGCUCCGCCAAAGUGGACUUUGACCUGCUCGCAGAAAACCUGGUCCUGCUGGAGAGGCGCUGCAAGGCAUCAUGGGAGAACCUGAAGCUGGUGGCCAAGCAUGAGAGCAAGGCGGUUCUGAAGAACAAGAUGACGGAGUUCCUCAGGGACUGCACCCAGAGGAUCAAGAUCCUGAAGGUCGUCCACAGGAGGGUCAUCAACAGGUUCCACUCCUUCCUGCUGUUCCUGGGUCAGCCGUCCUUCUCCGUCCGAGACGUGAAGGUCACCAGCUUCUGCCGCAUCAUCAGCGAGUUCGCUCUGGAGUACCGCACCACCCGCGAACGCGUCCUCACCAUCAGACGCAAACGCACCAUCAAGAGAGAGCGGAACAAGACCCGGGGCAUGCUGAUCACCCAGACGGAAAAGUUUUCCGGCGUUCCUGUUGCGGACGGCGUCUCGCCCGUCUCCAUGGCAACAGACCCCAGCUCUGAUCAGGAGGAGGAGCAUGAAACCAUGACGACCGUGCUGACCAGCAGCUGCAGCAGCUGCAGCAGCUGCAGCAGCCUGACCGUUCAUCCUGCAGGCCUGCGGCGCUCCAGAGCCGUCCGCAGUAACCGCUCUGCAAGUCCAUCCACUCUGACUGUUGCUCGGGACGACGGGACCGGCUCUCAGGACGACGCCGCUGAUGACAUCAUGGAUCGACUGGUGAAGUCUGUGACCCAUAACCGGUCGAACAGAACCGCCAGCCCAAGGACCCGCAAACGGUCCCGACUCAACAGGAAGUCCAUGCGAAGGACCCUGAAGGGCGGAUUGGACCUGGAGGCGGUCCAGGCUCUGGGUCUGCAGCCCAGCAAGUCGGGAGACAGAGUGUGACCUCGUGCCGACCUCCUGACCUGCUGCUGCUCCAGCGUUUAUCUCCUCAUCUGUUUGCAAAUUAACCUUCAGUGUAGAGACAGGAGCUCAGACUGCGGAUCAGAACCAGAACCAGAACUGAUCUGUUUGCUCUUCACACCAGACCAGGACUUACCUGCUGCCUCGUUGGUUCUGAUCCAGAAAGUCCUGUAGGUGGACGGCCCAGAAGAACAUGGAUCAGAACAAACUGCCUGAGAUGAACUUCAGAACCGCCUGCAGCUUCUAGAGGCUUCAGUUAGCCAAGGUUCUGCUCAGGUUCUGUUGGUUCUGGACCUCUCACCUCCACAACAUUCUUGUUCGUCUGGUACCGACUACACACCUGCGACUACACAGUGUGAUGUCACUGGGUUCUGGUGUGAUGUCACUGGGUUCUGGUGUGAUGAGAUGUGAGGCUGAAUGUUUUUCUGCUGUUAAUAAAGAUUUUCAAAAAAAUUAGGCGUUCUGGUUCUGGUUCUUCCACCAGUAGAACCUCCAGUUCCAGUUAGAACUCCAGUGGACAUGUCGGCCCGGUUCUGGGUGUCUGUUCUUCUUGGACCCGACUCAGUCUCUCCAGAACCGCUUCAGCAUA